AUGGACAAAGCGGCCGUACAAAAUACCUCUGGUUCAAAUCCGUGUACUGUGACAGAUGUGGAGGAGACAAAGAUCAUGAUAAGAAUCCUUCCAAUUUGGCUGACGCUUAUUUUCCCGAGUACAUUACUAUCUCAAGGUGGAACACUUUUCAUAAAGCAGGGCAUGAGUCUGAAUAGGCAUAUGGGUUCUAACUUUCAAAUUCCUCCAGCUAGUCUUGCAGUUUUUCUUCCAGUACUAAUGUUACUCGUCCUUAUAAUCUAUGAUCGCCUCUUAGUCCCAGUGUGUCGAAGAUUCACUGGAAACCCACGAGGCAUAACUAUACUACAGAGGAUGGGAGUUGGUAUGGUUCUCUAUACUAUUGCCAUGGUAGCGGCUGUAAUAACAGAAAUGAAAAGGUUGGAUGUCGUUAAAAGCCAUGGGCUUGCAGGUGAUGCGAAUGCAAUUGUUCCUCGGAGCAUGUUCAUCCUGCUUCCACAGUAUGGUGUGAUGGGUAUUGCAGAAGCCUUUUUAGAAGUAGGAAAACUGGAGUUCUUUUAUGACCAAGCUCCUGAGAGUAUGCAAAGUUUGGGAACUUCAUUGUAUGCAGCCUCUCUUGGAGUUGGUGCCUUCUCAACAGUGUUAUACUCACCGCUGUAA